AUGACCUUUGACGGGUUUUUUGUAGUUAGUUUUAACCGGAAAUUUUUAGAAGAAAGAAAAGUUCAGAAUAUCAAAUUUUUGUAACCAAAACACAAUUUUGGAUUACAACAAUGACGUGGAAAUUGUACUGAUGUUCCACGUCAUAGUAAAUAGUAUUGAAAUCAGAUUCAGAAGCUACAUCACACAAAUCACCCAAAAAUCCUCUUUUUUGCAGCUCCACCAAUUCUGUUAUAUAAUAAAACCAUAUUCAAUUGCUGAUUGUCCACAAGACGACGAAUCUCGAGAAUUUCCAUCAGAUCUUCAAGAAAUGAUCGAAACCAGUUGUAUUGAUAAAUCUGUGCAGCCGAUUGUUCGAAAUAUAUGUGGAAAACUGUUGGCUGAUGGACAAGGUGUUGCACAAGUCGAGACGAAAUUAUCGAUUUUUAUUUCGAUGGCACCAUUAAUGGAUGGUAAUCAUCAUAUGGAAGAUAUUAAAUAUCAAACAAAUUUGGUGGGUGUUUAUUUUGGGAGGAAUGAUUUUUAUGGAUUGCUCAUGUUAUAAAAAUUCAACUUUCAAAUCAAAAUUCUUAUUUAAAUUUUUUUCAUAAAAUUUGGAGCAUUUUGAGUUAAAAAUCGAGCAAUUCAUGUUCAAAAAAACCUAUUGCUCAUUUUUAGAAAAAUUCGAAGAUUACUGUAUCUAGAACUGCAAGAAUUAUUGUAGUCUAUGGUUAUUCCGAGCUAUAAGGAUUACUGUAGCCUGAAUGUUCUCUGGACUGCAAGGGUUACUGUAUCUCAAGUCAACGAGCUAAAAAUGAAAAGCAUUACUGUAACCAGAGGGAAACGGUAGCUUCAGGGUUACGGUAGGCAUCGAACUGCAAAGGAUGAAGUGUCUAGAAAAUUUUCAACAAGCCUAAUCUGAGCAAUGCAAGAUUCUUUUAAAUUAUCCAUAGUCUGAGCAAUAUUAUCUCUAGAAAAUUUAUAUAUGUUUAUAAAUUUUAUAAAUUAUUUUAUUUUACAGAAACGGAGUCUAAUCGAGGAGGUUCUCGAAACAUUUCAACUAGUCAUUGCCAAAUUUUUGCGUCCCGAUUUUGUUGCCGAAUAA